AUGGAGGCAAUCAAGUCUGCUCUCAACAUUGGCUCCAACAAGCCUGCUGCCACCGAGCCUUCUGUCGAGCAGCUCUCUCAGCUCAAGGAGAAGUACGCCAAGGCUGGCCAGGACCAGGUCUUCACCUUCUACGACGACCUCCCCUCUUCCGAGAAGGCUGCCCUCUACCAGCAGCUGUCCGGCUUCGACCCUGAGCACAUCAACAAGAUCACCGACCGCGCCCUUAACCCUCCCAAGACCGACGAUGCCUCCACUCAGUCCGGUCUCGAGCCCCUGCCCGAGUCCGCCACCGCCAGUAUCCUCGAUUCGAAGCCCGAAGAUAUUGAGAGCUGGUACCAGUCAGGUCUCGACCUGAUCGGCCAGAACAAGGUGGCUGUUGUGUUGAUGGCAGGCGGUCAGGGCACCAGACUCGGAAGCUCUGCGCCCAAGGGCUGCUACGACAUUGGUCUUCCCAGCAAGAAGUCCCUCUUCCAGAUCCAGGCUGAGCGUAUUCGCAAGGUCCAGGAGCUCGCGGCCAAGAAGGCCGGCACCAGCAAGGCCGUCGUCCCGUGGUACGUCAUGACCUCCGGCCCCACUCGCGGCCCCACGGAGAAGUACUUCCAGGAGAACAACUACUUCGGUCUGGACAAGUCCAACGUCUUCAUCUUCGAGCAGGGCGUGCUGCCUUGCAUUUCGAACGAGGGCAAGAUUCUUCUCGAGUCCAAGGGCAAGGUUGCAGUUGCCCCUGAUGGCAACGGAGGUAUCUACCAGGCGCUCGUCGUCUCGGACGUGAUGGGCGACAUGCGCAAGAGGGGCAUCGAGCACAUCCACGCCUACUGCGUCGACAACUGCCUCGUCAAGGUUGCUGAUCCCGUCUUCAUUGGCUUCUCUGCCUCCAAGGACGUCGACAUCACCACCAAGGUUGUCCGCAAGCGCAACGCUACCGAGUCGGUCGGUUUGAUUCUGCUCAAGAACGGCAAGCCCGACGUUGUCGAGUACUCCGAAAUUGACAAGGAGACUGCCGAGGCCCAGGACUCCAAGCAGCCCGGCGUCCUCAAGUUCCGUGCCGCCAACAUUGUCAACCACUACUACUCGUUCCGCUUCCUCGAGAGCAUUCCUCAGUGGGCCCACAAGCUGCCUCACCACAUUGCCCGCAAGAAGAUUCCCUACGCGGACCUCAAGUCUGGCGAGACUGUCAAGCCCGAGAAGCCCAACGGCAUCAAGCUGGAGCAGUUCGUCUUCGACGUCUUCCCCAUGUUGGACCUAAGCAAGUUCGCUUCCAUGGAGGUGAAGCGCGAGGACGAGUUCUCGCCCCUCAAGAACGCCCGCGGCACCGGCGAGGACGACCCCGAUACCAGCAAGCGCGACAUCAUGCUUCAAGGCAAGCGCUGGAUCAAGGCCGCUGGCGGCAUCGUCACUGGCGAGAGCACCGAGGACGGUGUUGAGGUCUCGCCUCUUUUCAGCUAUGGCGGCGAGGGUCUGGAGAAGUUCAGCGGCAAGGAGGUCAAGGCUCCCGCCGUGUUGGAGGUUGAGUAA